AUGACGAAAAAAUUACAAGAAAUAAAUAAUCAUGAAAUACAAAAAAGGAAUUAUAAGAAUUUUAAAACUAAGGCCCAAAAACGUAUAAGUUAUAUUAACAAUUAUCAAGGAUUACAAUUACCACGUAAUUAUAUUCCUUUAAGAAAAUCCAGUGAUUCCAAUUUACGUGUUUCCUCUAGAAGAUAUCAAAAUUCGAAAUUUAUACAAAAUCUUCCGGUAUUUGAUGCUGUGCCGGGGGAAGAGGCCUAUACCCCCUCACGACCCAUAUUUAUUUAUACCGGCAAUAAGGGACGCAUGUUGCUUAAUACCAUGUUAAGUAAACGUAAAUAUCCCAUGCAGGAACCGGUACCGGGCCAAGUACUCUAUCCACCUCAGACUUUAGUGUUUAAACCUCAACCUUUAGUGGAAAAUUUCCAGCAGAAGAUUAAUGUCACCAUGAUACCUUUCUAUGCUUAUGAGGCCAUAGAUCCUAGACAACACAAUCUAGACAUGACUUCAACCUCCAGCUCUCCCUACUACUCCUCCUCCCCCUCCAGCCCUUUUAAAGCGUCGAAAAAACUGAAAAAGCCUAAAAAAUACUCGGCCUUCUUUUCUCCCCAAGAAGUGCUAUCGCAACCCAUAACCGAGCUUUCUCAGUAUAACUUUCAAAUAGAAUACACCACCAAUUCUCCCUUAACUUUAGAGAAACCUUAUAACAACCAUAGACUAAAUAAUGCUCCUCCCAUAACUACUCCCAUGACCACACCUUUACCUCACAAGAAAUUUGAAGUCACCUACAAUGAUGGUGAGGAUAAGUUUCAAAUUACCUAUGAGGAUGAUACCCCUCACCUGGAGCGUCCUCUUAAUAUACAAACUACACAAUUUACCACGACACAGGCUCCUCUGCCCUAUGAGAGCUAUAAUAUUGACCAAAAUUAUUAUGCUUUCCCGCUUUACACCAUGUCUAAGCUAAUGGAAAAGGAGGAUAACACUCCAAGCCUACAGGAGACUAGAAAGGAAGAAGCUGAUGUCACCAUAGAACAGCAGAGGAUUGACAAGUAUAUAGAUUCCGCUAUUAAGGAAGAGAAUGAUAGUUUGCUAAACAAAUCAAAUGAGGAUACUUGGUUUAUAUUAAAUUCAAGAUACAAAGGCCCUCUCAAGACAAAUGCCAAUAAUCUGCACUCCUCCAAAUACAUACAAAGUUCUCCGGGCAAGAUACAAGAUUUACUUAAAAGAGAAAUUCAACCCAAGGAAACCACUAAACCCACCUUACAGCCACAAGGAAGAUCGUUAUAUGGGGAACAUAUUAAUUUUAUAUAA